UCCGCGGCGCGUCAGUUCCGCCCGUGUCGCGGUGCAGACCAGCCACGCGCGGAGCAGGACCGCUCCUCUGCCUCCAUCUUACAGCGUGGCUUGUGUGUGCUUCCCCAUUCCCUGUAUCCUGUGCAGUGCUCCAGCCUCCAUCGCAGUGCUCCAAGCUGUUACCACAGAAUGCCUAAAUCAAAGGAACUUGUAUCUUCAAGCUCAUCUGCCAGUGAUUCAGAUAGUGAAGUUGACAAAAAGGCAAAGCGGAAAAAGCAAGCAGCUCCAGAAAAACCUGUAAAGAAACAAAAGACUGGUGAAAGUUCAAAAGGUGCAGCUUCUUCUAAGCAAAGCAGUAACAGAGAUGAGAAUAUGUUUCAGAUUGGCAAAAUGAGGUAUGUCAGUGUUCGGGACUUUAAAGGAAAAGUCUUAAUUGAUAUUAGAGAAUACUGGAUGGAUCAAGAAGGUGAAAUGAAGCCUGGCAGAAAAGGUAUUUCUUUAAAUCCAGAACAGUGGAAUCAGCUGAAGGAACAGAUUUCUGAUAUUGAUGAUGCAGUAAGAAAACUCUAAAGACAGAGCCAUACAAAAACUUAUAUCAUGUAGUUGUAUUAAGCAGUCUUUUUACAUUGGCUUUAGUUUUCUAAAAUAUUGUUUUCCAAGCUAUUGUAUAUUUGGAUUGCAAAACAAUUUGUAAGAUGAAUACUUUUUUUAUGUGCAUUAAAAGUGUAUUCUGAGUGAGGCUAUUUGUGUAUACUUUACUAAAAGGAAUUGUGUUGCUUUCACCCCAUGGUGUAAAAUAAACAAAUCAAGUAAUAUGUAAAGCAUACUUGUUUAUGGCCUUUUGAUUGAAGGUGUUUGCUGAUAAGGCCACCUAAUAGCUUUAGUCAUUGGUUUAGUUGCAGUUUUGUUCAUAGUUAAUACAAAUUUAUUUUCCGAGAUUUCUUAAAAUGUCUCAAUUUAAUUUUUUCUUUUAUUACAUUCUUUAUGCUAUUGCCCUACAGCUUUCUGCUUUAAGACUUGAUACAAACAGUGAAUACUGGGGAAAACACAUUUUUGUAGAUAGUUUUCAAUACUGUAUUUGCUAAUUUACCCUAUUUAUUCAGAUGUAAACAGUCUUGAGUAUAUAGCUUUUUUUGCAUUACUUGCAUGAAGUAUUAAGCUAAACAAUAACACUUGAACACAAAACACAUGCUAAUUUUCUCAUUUUUCUGUAGUUUUCUUGACCUAGAAAAUACAAAUAGCUUUUUUUCUUGAAUUCUAGAUGUGAUGCAUAAACUUUUACAGUAAUAGACAUAUACCUCAGAGUAAGACAGUAUUUAAAAGAUCCACAUGUGGUUAUUAGUUAGUACAUUUUUCAAGGUUUGCAUUAAUUUCAUUCUGGAACACAUACUAACCAGUUAUUCUAUAGAAAAGGAACAGUUGACCUGUCUUUGUAGGGCUUUCGUUCAAUUGAGAGUAUUGCGUAAACAAUGAUGCUUAAAUUAGACUGUCAAACAGGUUAAGCAGUCAAACAGGGUUAAAACUGCUGCAGCCAAAAUGUCUGCCUGUCAUGUUCCUGCCCCAUCCACGCUGCCUGCCUUGAUAGUGCUCUGGUAAGAAAAGCCUCUGCCCUGUAGAAGCUCUGCUAGACCAGAAGCUGCCCCAGUGGAAGGGCUUCUUGGUGGCACUGAGUCACAAGUACGAUACAGAACUUGGAGAGAUAAGGGGCACACGAGGAUGGAAGUCACUGGUGAAAGACCAAAGUUAGCUGGCACAUAAUAGCUACAGGGAAUAAAUGGAAGCAAAAUUGGAGAAGAAUUGAUUUUCUCACUUAAUUCAGUUAAUUGAAGCAAGAAGAUAAAACAACGUCAUGAAAAUGGACACUUCAAGAUGUAGUAUGUAGUGAAUGUCCAACCUAAUUAGUUUGGCUGUAAUUUUCCUAUUUGUUGAUAAAGUAAUUGUAGUUUCUAAACUUUGUAUAGAUAAACAUUUUUUAAUUAUGGAACAUCAGUACAGUUGUUAUUGCAGACAUGAUUGUAAGUGCCAUACACAGGCUGUUCCUGUGCUGCAGAGUUCAUUAUUCAAUGCAAAUAGGUAUUAAAUGGCUGAGUUGACAAGUAUAUAUUACAAAUAUUAGAUAUUUGUACAAAUAUGACAUAUAACAAAUAAGAUCUGGAUUUUUUAUAGCUCAGGAAAUCUUAAAUUUUUAAGAAUUGCUGGAGGAUGAAUAAAAGGUUGAAGAGAUGUUUGUGGUAGCAGAUGUGUUUUUGGGCACAACAUUCUUUUCUGAGUGACUGCUAACAUCAUGUAGGGCUAUUUGGACCAAAUAGAAUGAAUACAAAAUAGCUGCUAAAAUAUCACAAGUGAGCGAAUGAAAUGUUUCAUAUCACUGUAGACAAGUUCUAGAUAUUUGUUAUUGCAGUAUGUAUAUAUGAUUUUGUUCCUUUAAAUCUGAAAUUUUGCAACCAGAUUUCAUCCACUUAAAAACUCUCAUGUAGCUUCUUUAAAGUGCAUGAUUACAUUAGAGGGAAUACUGUCCUCACUUAGAUUACUGUGGUAAUAGUCAUUGGGUGACAGUUGUGUAUCAGAGUACAAUAUAAUUGUGUUCAGGAAGGUGGGAAAUUAAAAUCAUUCAUUUGGGGAGAGUGAAGUGAAAAAGUUUAUUACAGUGGUUAGUUCUCUUGUGGAAAUUGGUGGUAGAAGUGUUCAAAGAAAUUUGUAUUUGUUAAGCACGAACUAUUAGUUAUUAGUAGGUAUCUAAAUAAACCAGACAGUUUCACAAAUGAACUCAAAAGGGGAUGAAUUGAUCAGGUGACUGAUGUGCUUGUAAGACAAUAAUAUACAAGUAACCUUGAUAAAAAUUUGGCACAUUCAGUGUUAUUUUGAAAUAAACAGUAGUGAUUUGUCAUGUAAUCAUCCAUGGCUGUAGUCUUCCUAAUUUGAGAAGAAAAUUCUGAUUUUUUUUUUUUUAAUAAAGAUUAUUUUCUUGCAGAAAAAAUAUUAGUUAGGAUACAUUUAGAAGUGUUCAUGGAACAAAAUUGUGCAUGUAUGACAAGGCUGUGUAAUAUGGGGUAAGAGCACUGCUCCCUUUCCCACUGAAGUGACAAAAGAAAGAUGCAUUUUGUUCUUCGUGUUUAUGCAGGGCAUAUUAGCAAUAUGUUUUAUAAAAUAAACCUACUGUGGAGCUUAGGGGGAAAAACGUCACAGUUAGAGCUGCCAAAGUACUGUAUGUGUGAUAAUCAAACUGUCAUGUACCAUGUUGCUCGUAUGUGGAGAUGUUAAUAUUGAAAAUAAACAAGUGCAGUACUAAUUUUGAUAUUUCUGUUAAAGGAAAUGCCCCAGUUACGUACUUAUGUGAUCUGUUAGCAGAAAAAAAAAUAUGGUGAUUGUAAUUUUGGUAACUCAAAUGUCAUAUUGUUAGCCAUGUGGAAUGUUUCAUGUUUUGCUCUGGUAGUAUCUUCUGCAGAGAGGCCACUGGAAAUAUGAGCCCUGCAACUGUAAUUACCUUAAUGUUCAAAUAAAAAAUAGUUGAAUGGCGUAUGUGUAGUAACAAUUUGAACACUUGGAAAUAAAUGAAGACUUCUGUUGA